AAUAACCAUAACCCAAAGCCUCACCGGGCCAAAGCAUUAUGUCCGGCGCAUCGUGUGCAGUUAUAUUGAGGGACGUCCAUACAUGAAUGCAUGUAUAAAUCGUGUUGCCAUACGUACGAUUUGUCGAUCUGACUCAAGACUGAAUAUACGUUCGACUGACUCACUGCAUCCCAAUGGCUCCUCAAAUUGUUCUUAUGACCGGAUGUUCAGCAGGCAUCGGUCUGGCGACAGCCAAACGUCUUGCUCUGGACAUAGAUCAGCGUUACAUCGUCAUAGCCUCCGUCAUCGCCAUGUCGGAAAAGGCGAAUCUCGUGGCCGCCGUAGGGGGCUCCCUGAAUAAAACAAUUUUUAUCAGGGAGUUGGAUGUUACAAACGAUACCAACAUUUCCGACGUAGUUCGUGACGUCAUCAGAGAACACGGCAGGAUUGAUAUAUUAAUUAGUGUUGCUGGAGUCGGAUUCGUUGAAAUUCCCGAAAGGGUCACGCGGGAGCAGAUCGACAAAAUUUUCAGCGUUAAUACUAUUGGACCAAUAAGGCUAGCUCAGGCGGUCUUGCCUCACAUGAAAAAGAGAAAAGCGGGUAGAAUUGUCAUUGUAUCGAGUGACAUGUCUAGGCAAGCUUGGCCAUACUUCGAUCUUUACUGCGCAACAAAGUUCGGUGUUGAGGGGUUUUUCGAAGCUCUGGCAUCCAGCGUGAGAGCUUUUAACAUUAGGGUGUGUCUAGUGGAGCCAGGCCCGAUCACUACCGGGCUUUUGGAUAGUCUACAAAAUGACUUGCAGAAACUGAUAAACGACAAAACGGUAGAUGACAUCGAACUCCGCCAGCUUCUUGGCCUGAAUCGAGACUUGUCUGACAUGGAGAGAACCCGCAGCGCGGAAGAUGUCGCAGCGGACUUGACCACGCGAUGUUUAGACGUCGACGAACCAGUACUUCGACAUCUACUUCUUGAUGAUAAAUUCAUGAGUGCUACCCGAGAAGCGUUGGCGGACCUUACAGGAGAGAGUACGGUUACAUUCAUGCGCAAUCAACUUGGACAUUGA